AUGGCCCAUGACCUCUCCAAUGCUUCUUACAGCUGCAUUUCUUUGUGGAUUGGCUGGAAGGAAAACAUUGAAAGGAGUCAGCAUCUUAAUUAUCAACCUGAUUUCAAAGAAAACAAGGUUUACACAUACGAUUCUGAAAGUGUAUUUCUCAGUGGACUUCCAGAGAGAGGACUUGCAAGAGCUGGAAUAAAAGUAAAAUGUAAAGUGGAAAUCAGUGGUAUUGGGCCAAAACUUUGUCUUAUUAGGAUUUAUUCACUUGAAGUAGCAGAAUAUAAUGGUAUCUGGCCUAGAGAUCCAUUUGCACGGUCAUCUAAACUGACCCAGGCUUUUUCAGCAUUACUCAGAAACCCCGUCAAAUUUGAAUACAGCAAUGGCCGUGUUGGAAAUCUUAUGGCUCCAGAUGCUCUCUCCGAUGAUGGUCUUAAUUUUUAUCGAGGAUUUCUGAAUGUGCUGGAAUUCACCCUGAAGAAGUCACAGAAUACAUAUAACUUGCAGGAGGCUGGGAUCGAUGGUGUUUGCAAUACAACCUAUGUGUUUCAAGAAAAUAGGAAAGCAAAGCAAAUCUAUGUGACAAAAUCCAAGGACCUAAAUAGCUGUGAUGAGAGAGCUCAGAUGUUUACUGGUGCUGCAUAUACUUGCCAAUGCCCAGCCUGCAGAGAAAAAAACAAGUAUUCCCGGGCAGCCACUACUUACAAUUACAAAAUCAAAUCUUCCAGUGAGGAGGCUUUAAUUGUGCAAGUUGAUGUCCAAGAAGUCCAUCAGUUCACACCAUUCCAUGAGGUCACUGGAGGGGAUAUUAUAGUAGAAGCAAGGCAGAAGCUGGUACUGAGUGAUGUGGAAAAACACUCCCCAGAAGUCCCAUCAAUAGAAUUCCGGAAACGUGGAUCACUUCGGUACCAUUUUGGCAGUGAAUGGCUUCAGCUUCCCGGCCAGUUAUUCAAAAUCAAAAACUUGGAGAGUCAGAUAGUGGAAAACCUGAGGUAUCUGGUAGAGCACACACACGAGCAGGUUCCUAGUGAUGCUCCAUCAAAAUUCCUGAAACUUGUACAGCUUUUCCGGGCAGCAAAUGAUGAUAUCUAUGAGUCAGUUUGGAAACAGUUUUCUAGCCGGCCUGUAUAUAGGCGCUUGAUUUUGGAUAUAAUUUCUGCCAUUUCGACUCAUAGUGCAAUCAGAUUCUUAAGGCAUAAAAUUGAAAGGCAAGAACUCAGUGACUUGGAAGCAGCUCAGGCAGUGCUUGUGGGCCUGCAUUUAAGUACACCAACCCGUGAUGUGAUAGAGGAAGCUGUGCUCAUCCUGAAAAAGGCUGAUGCACGCUCAGAUACUUUACUGCACAGAAUUGCCUAUCUAGUCUAUGGCUCAUUGGUUCACAAGUACUGCUCCGUUUCAGACUCCUGCCCUGAAUCAGCUCUCCAGCCACUAUAUGAUUUUGCAGCUGAAGCAUCCAGCAAGGCCAAGGAGGAAGAAAUGGUCCUGGCCAUGAAGGCCUUUGGGAAUGUAGGACAUCCAAACAUCCUAAAGCGCAUCAUGAAGUUUAUGCCAGGAUAUGCAUCUGAUGCUUCUGAUCUCCCACUCAGGGUUCAAGGUAAUGCAGUGAUGGCCCUGAGAAACCUGGCCAUGAGAGACCCACGAAAGGUACAAGAUAUUACCCUGGAGUUGUUCCUAAACCACAAGAUUAAUCCUGAAGUCCGAAUGAUUGCUGCCUUUGUUCUGCUUGAAACCAAACCAGGUCUUCCUGUCUUGAUGACUUUAGCUAAUGCUAUGCUAAAAGAACCUAGCAUGCAAGUGGCAACUUUCAUCUUUACGUCCCUGAGGGCUCUGGGCAGAAGUACAGCUCCAGAUCUCCAAGUUGUGGCUUCUGCCUGCAGAAUGGCUAUCAGAAUACUCAGCCCCAAACUUGACAGACCUAGCUAUCGAUUCAGCAAAGUUUUCCGCAUUAGUAUGUUUAGAGAGUCUCUUAUGAUUGGAAUGGCAGUCCAUUCAUUGACACUGAAUAAUGUAGGCAGCAUAUUCCCAUCAAUAGCAUUGUCCAAAUUCAGGGCCCAUUUCAUUGGAUACAUUGCUGAACCUUUGGAGGUGGGACUGAAAGCUGAAAGACUGCAGGAGAUAUUAGCGAAAAGACACUUACCUGACAGUGAUUCUGACAGUGCAUUUGAUGUGAGGGAAGUUCUGAAAAUGCUCUCUGACUGGAAGGCGCAGCCCAGUGACAAACCUUUUGCAGCAGGCUACGUGAAGAUGUUUGGACAAGAAAUCCUUUUUGGUGCACUUGAUAAAGAUUCCAUCCAAACUCUAUUGCAGGCAUUGUAUGGACCAGAAGAAAAAAUUCCCUCAAUAAAGAAAUUCAUAAAUCAUCUUCAAAGUGGUGUAGGGACCCAGUGGUCGAAAGCUUUGUUGUCUGCCGAAGUCCGUCGCAUUGUGCCUAUGUGUAUUGGAUUUCCAAUGGAAACAAGCUUGUAUCAUGCUUCUUUCACAAAUGUUGCAGGAAGUGUUCAAGCACAGAUUUCACCAACUCCAAGUUCUGAUUUCAGACUGGCUGACUUACUUAAUGCCAAUAUUAAAGUGCGAUCCAAGCUGACCCUAAGCAUGGUCAAGGACGUGAUCUUUGUAAUGGGAACUAAUACACACCUGUUCCAAGCUGGACUGGAGGCACAUGCUAAAGUGAAUGUAAAUAUCCCUGUGAACGUUGCAGCUACUGUGAAUAUUAAGGAUAAGAAUUUCAAAUUGGAAAUCCCACCAUGCAGCCAGGAAACUGAUGUUAUUACUCUAAGGUCUAAGACAUAUGCUGUUACACGAAAUCUUGAAGACUUAGCUGCCACUAAGAUGACGCCAGUUCUUCUACCUGAGGCAGUGCCUGACAUAAUGAAGCUGUCCUUCGAUUCAGGUUCAAGCGAGAGUGAUAAAAUAAGGGGUAGACUGUCUUCAGAAAUCAUUUCAACAGGAAAUAUCUAUUCAGCUGGACAAUCAUCCCAACAGAAAGUACCAUCUGUUCGUUCCAUGUGCUUCAAUGCAAGUACAUUUGGAGUUGAAAUUUGCACAGAAAGAAAAAGUGUGAAUGCUGCAUUUAUCAGAAAGGCUCCUCUCUAUUAUCUGGUCGGGGAGAAUGCUUUUAAACUUACCUGCAAACCAGUCCAUACAGAGUCAUCAAUUGAGAAAAUACAAGUAACAAUCCAAGCAGGUGCUCAGGCUGCUGCAAAAAUGGUGCGUUUAGUAACAUUCGACGACGCGGAAACUGAACUGGCUUCUGGCAAAGAGGCAAUUAAAAAACUGAAGAAAAUCCUUGAUGAUCCCACAGCCCAGACCCAGGGAAAAUCAUUCAUUAUCCGAAAAGGCAGAAAAUCAUCAUCCAGCUCUAGCAGCAGCAGCAGCAGCAGCAACAGCAGCUCCAGCUCAUCCAGCAGCCAGUCCAGCAGUGAUUCUCAGCGUAAGACCGGUGACCGGAUAAAUCUGAAGAAAGAUGUAUCUUCCUUUGACGAUUCACUGGGCCCACCAAGCAAACAGCAGAAGGGGCAACAAGAACAUGAGCAGAAAUGGCCCCGCAGCAAAGGGCAUUCUAAAACCAAAGUAAAGCAGUUAUCUCCAUUUGGGAAAAGCAGCAGCAGCAGCAGCAGCAGCAGCAGCAGUAGCAGCAGCAGCAGCAAAGCUGUUGGAGGAAGAUAUACGGCUAAGACACAUUCUAAGAAGCCACCUACUGUACACGCUACUAGUGCUGAUGAAGAGAGAGGUUUUCAUGAGAAGAAAUAUUCCAAGGCUGCACGCAAACAGCAGAGCAGCUCUAGCAGCAGCAGCAGUAGCAGCAGCAGUGAAACCACCACCGGCAGACCCAGCAGCAGCAGCAGCAGCAGCAGUGAAAAUGCUGAUAAAACUCACUACGAUGCUAAAAAGCGUUCCAAGGAGUGGUAUCCUUUCAGCAAAACCGAUAGAAAAGAUGAGAGGAAAUAUGCUAAGUCUCAAUGGACCAGUCGCAGCAGUUAUGACUCAUCUGAGGAUUGGGAACAGCACGUUCCAGAAAUGUACCGACUCCGCUUCAAGUCCCAUUUGAAUCCAGAUCAGGCGGCGUCAAGUAGCUCAUCAAGCAGCAGGAACAGCAGCAGCAGCAGCAGUAGCAGCAGCAGCAGCAGCAGCAGCAGUGAUUCUAGCUUUGCACAUGAGCCCAAUUUCCUGGGAGACGUACUUCCACCUGGGCUCACCAUUGUGGCUCGGGCAGUUAGGAGUGACAACAAAAAUCAAGGUUACCAAGCCACAGCAUAUAUUAACUCUGCUGCUGCCAGAGUCGAUAUACAGCUGGUUGUGGUUCAGCUGGCUGAAACUAACUGGAAGGCGUGUGCUGAUUCUGUAGUAUUGCCUCUCAAAGCACAGGCCAGGUUCAGGUGGGGCAAGGAAUGCCGGGAGUAUAGAAUUGAAGCAAGAGCUUCCACAGGCCAAAUUUCAAGGAAUCCAGCCGUACAGGUGAAGGUGUCUUGGACAAAACUUCCAUCCUGGAUAAGGAGGACAACUAUAACAGCUAUGGAAUUUGUUCCUGGAAUAGCAUUCCUGAUGGGCUUCUCAGAAGUGUAUCAGAAAAAUCCUUCUCAGGAGUUUGUAGUAAGAGCAGUUGCAACUUCACCACGGACAAUUAAUACAGUUGUAAAGGCUCCUGGGCUAACCUUUUACUAUGAGGCUUUCCCACUUCCAUUUGCUUUGCCUGUGAGCCCACCUCCAGCUUCUCAAGCUCAAGAAGUGACUGCUUGGAAUUUCCUUUCAGAAAUAUCUUCACUGAUAGCUAAAGAAGAUCAAUCCACGUGUGAAGUGAGGGAAGAAAACUUCAAAACAUUUGACAAAGUGAAGUACAAAUGUUCAUUCAAUAAAGACUGCAACCUUGUAGUAGCUCAAGACUGCACUGCUCACCCCAAAUUCAUUGUCUCGACAAGAAAAGUCAAUUCACGCUCUUCCUCCAGGGAGGUGUACAUCAAUAUUAGUUCAUCAAGCGUCAGACUCUCUCUUUCUCCGUCUUCCUCUAUCCUCGUGUAUUACAAUGAUGGGCCAGUGUUAACGCGCAGCAAAAAGUAUCAAAAUAAAAGAGAAAACAUUCUAAUUUAUAGAAAUGAAACAACAGUUGUUGUAGAAGCUCCAGACCAAGGGCUGGCGAAUGUGACUUUUGAUGGCUCGACACUUAAGGUUACUGUCGUUUCAUGGAUGAGAGGAAGGACCUGUGGUAUUUGUGGAAACAAUGAUGGACAAAAGCAAAAUGAACUCCUCCAGCCCAAUCGUAGGCUGGCGCACAGCUGCUCAGCUUUUGUCCAUUCAUGGGUACUGGUAGAAGAAACCUGCGCUGAAGGGUGUAAACUGCAACGCCGCUAUGUGAAACUGAAGGGACAUCCUGUUAUUGAUGGAAAGGAAUCUACAUGUUACUCUGUUGACAAGAUACUGCAGUGUAUGAGAGGCUGUACUCCAACUGAGAAAACCUCAGUUAAAGUUGGCUUCUCCUGUUUCCCAAAAGAUUCUGCUGUGAGCCUGUCUGACUGGCAAAGGAGCAGUGACAGGAAACAUGCAGCUGAGGACAUCGUGGAGUCUGUGGAUGCUGACAUUGACUGUUCCUGCACUGACGACUGUAGUUCAUCUUAAUACUUUAGCAAUUUGCUAUAAUCACCCAAAUGAUUGAAUAGCUGGACAGCUGCAAGGGGAAUGCAAUAGCUGCAGUAAAAUAUUAAAAAAAAUGCUUUAAAAAUAGGUAAGCCUAAUGCAUUACGUACAAAGUCAAAUGCAUUAUGUAC